AUGCAGAUCUUCGUGAAAACUUUGACAGGGAAAACCGUAACACUCGAGGUUGAAUCGAGUGACUCCAUUGACAACAUCAAGGCUAAAAUUCACGACAAGGAAGGAAUCCCAGUGGGUCAACAGCGUUUGAUUUUCGCCGGAAAACAGCUUGAUGAUGGCCGGAAUCUUGCUGAUUACAGUAUUCAGAAAGAGUCUACUUUGCAUUUGGUUCUGCGGCUGAGGGGCGGUUACAAUCUUUAUAAAUAUGACCCAUCUCUUAGGAAGUUGGCUCAAAAAUACAUUCUCCACAAGCAAAUUUGCCGCAACUAUUUCCCCUUGGUGAGUGGAGGACCCGAUGCCAGCGAGGAAGCCAACUGGCCGGUUCCCCUCUCGGAAGAUGUGCGAGAUCCGGGAGCGAAUCGACUGAAGGGUGGCUUUGAUACGCAUGAGAGAGUGUUGGAUCUGUCAUAUCGAGGCGGUAAUCUGAAUACCGAUCUGAAGCGCCUGAACCUCCGCGUCAUAGCUCGAGGAGGCCCGAAGAGGAGCAUGAAACGCGGCGAUAAGGGCGCCGCUAUGAUUCCUAAUCAGGCGGCCCCCACCUCCUGCAACUCCAGGAAAACCGUAACACUCGAGGUUGAAUCGAGUGACUCCAUUGACAACAUCAAGGCUAAAAUUCACGACAAGGAAGGAAUCCCAGUGGAUCAACAACGUUUGAUUUUCUCCGGAAAACAGCUUGAUGGUGGCCGGAAUCUUGCUGAUUACAACAUUCAGAAAGAGUCUACUUUGCAUUUGGUUAUGAGGCUUAGGGGUGGUCACAAUUAUGCCUACAUAUAUGACCUAUCUCUUAGUGCAUUGGCUAAGAAAUACAAGCUUGACAAGCUAAUUUGCCGAAAAUGCUAUGCUCGUCUGCACCCUCGUGCUACCAAUUGUAGGAAGAAAAAAUGUGGACAUAGCAACCAGAUCUUCGUGAAAACUUUGACAGGGAAAACCGUAACACUCGAGGUUGAAUCGAGUGACUCCAUUGACAACAUCAAGGCUAAAAUUCACGACAAGGAAGGAAUCCCAGUGGGUCAGCAGCGUUUGAUUUUCGCCGGAAAACAGCUUGAUGGUGGCCGGAAUCUUGCUGAUUACACCAUUCAGAAAGAGUCUACUUUGCAUUUGGUUCUGAGGCUAAGGGGCGGUGGCCGCGGCAGGUUUUUCAGUGAAUAUUAUAGAUACGACCCAUAUCUUAGGAAGUUGGCUGAAAAAUACGUUCUCAACAAGCAAAUUUGUCGCAAAUGCUAUGCCAAGCUGCCCCUUCGGGCUACAAAUUGUAGGAAGAAAAAAUGUGGGCACAGCAAUCAGCUGAGACCAAAGUCGACCAAUAUAACUUUUAGUUUACAGUGA